GCUAGUUGAUCGUGCUGCUGCUCGUCGUCUUUCAAACUCUCAAUGGCGUUGGUGUUCUUGGUUUUACUAGUGCUAUUAGCCCCGGCGGUUCAUGUCGUCGUCGGCCAGGAGCCAGGCUUCCUGAGCAUCGACUGCGGCCUGGACGACAAGUACAGCGGCUACACAGACAAAUACACAGGCAUCUUCUACGUCUCCGACGGCCAGUACGUUGACAGCGGCGAGAACCGCGUGGCCCUCGUGUACCAGGGUUCGCGGUACCGUUACCGCGAGACGCUGCGGAGCUUCCCGUCCACCAGUGUGAUGCGGAACUGCUACGCGCUCCCCACGGAGGCCGGGACAAGGUACCUGGUUCGGGCGGGGUUCGCGUACGGAAACUACGACGGCAAGAACAGCUCGUCGGUGGAGUUCGACCUCCACCUGGGGGGCAACUACUGGGACACCACUAACGUGGAUGCCGACGGCAGCUACGUAUACGAGGCGCUUUUCGUGGCGUGGGCGGGCUGGACGCCGGUGUGCCUGGUGAACACCGGCCGCGGCACGCCGUUCGUGUCCAUGCUGGAGCUCAGGUCGCUCCCCAGCGCGCUCUACCCGCCCAUGACGCCCGGCCUGAUCAUGUCCAUGUAUGAUCGGCGUGACAUGGGGGGCGUUUCAUUUACCCGGUAUAACGAUGAUCCAUAUGACCGUUUAUGGUGGGCAAUGGGUGUGGCUAGCCCACGUUGGAAGAACUUGUCGACCGGGUUGACCAUCCAGCCGAACACAAAUUUUGCCGUGCCCUCGCCCAUUCUCCAGACGGCCGUCGAGGCAGCCGGCAAUGACACGGUGCUCACCGUCAAGACAUGGCAAGAGUACAGGAAGCCGUACUCCUUUAUGGUGUUCCUGCACUUUGCCGACUUUCAGAACACUCAGCUCCGACAAUUUGACAUCUACUUCACCGAGAAUCAAUCAGGACCAAAAAUGAAGUCCUACAGCCCCUUAUUCCUGACUGCUUCCUAUGCGUACACCACUGAAUCCUAUAGGGCUACAGACGGCAAGUACAGCAUUACCCUCGAAGCAACCGCGGCCUCCGUACUGCCCCCGAUGAUCAAUGCGUUCGAGAUCUACAAUCUCAUUCCAGUCAGUCCUAUGACAUUUCCUAAAGAUUUUGAAACCAUCAUGGCUAUCAAACUCGAGUAUGGAGUGAAGAAAAACUGGAUGGGUGAUCCAUGUUUCCCAACCAAAUAUGCUUGGGAAGGCGUGAAAUGCAGCAAUACAAGUGAUAGAGCUACGAGGAUUACAUCAGUAGAUCUCUCCAACAGCUUUUUGCAUGGUGAAAUAUCUAAGAAUUUUACACUGCUCACAGCACUCGAAAAUUUGGAUUUGUCUUAUAACAACUUAAGCGGGUCAAUACCUGAUUCCCUAACAAGUUUGCCCUCCCUACGAGUUCUAAAUUUGUCUGGCAACCAUCUAAGUGGCGAGUCCUUAUGUAAAAAUUACACCGGAUCACUCGUCUUCAGAUAUGAGUCUGAUGGACAUAUGUGUGACAAAACAAUAAGCACGUCAAAAAGUAUGUCAAAAAACAGAGCAGUUGUCAUAGCUAUUUCAGUAGUGGUUCCUGUCCUGGUAGUGGCUCUGCUUCUUCUUGCAUUUUUCAUCUGGAGAGAGAAAAGAAAGCUUACUGGUGGGCAUCCUCUUGUCCUAUCCUUUUCCACUCAUGAUCCCACAAGAGAUCCACCACGUGAGAGUGCUAUGGCAAGUACAAAAACUCAUGUGGACCACCUGCCAAAUACUGAGAAUCGCCGGUUCACAUACAAGGAGCUGGAGAAGUUCACCAAUAAUUUCAAACAGUUCAUAGGGAAAGGAGGUUUUGGGCUUGUGUACUAUGGCCGUUUAGAAGACGAUACCGAGGUUGCUGUCAAGAUGCGUUCUGAAUCAUCAUCACAUGGACUUGAUGAAUUUUUGGCUGAGGUUCAGAGCUUGACAAAGGUGCAUCACAGGAAUCUAGUGUCUUUGUUUGGUUACUGUUUGGAGAAGGAUCAUUUGGCACUGGUUUAUGAGUACAUGUCUCGGGGCAGUCUUUUUGACCAUCUGAGAGGUAAAAAUGGUGUUGCUGAAACCUUGAAUUGGGGAACACGUGUGCGAGUAGUGCUUGAAGCUGCACAAGGUCUGGAUUAUUUGCACAAAGGUUGCAGCCCGCCAAUAAUUCACCGGGAUGUGAAGAGCAGCAACAUUCUCUUGGGUCAAAAUCUGCAAGUUAAAAUAGCAGAUUUGGGACUUAGCAGAACAUAUCUUAACGAUGCUCAGACACACAUAUCAGCCACUGCAGCUGGCACACCUGGUUACAUGGACCCUGAGUACUACCUCACUGGAAGACUCACCGAGAGCAGCGAUGUGUACAGCUUCGGAGUUGUUCUGCUUGAGGUAGCCACCGGCGAGCCUCCGAUGGUGCCUGGCCAUGGCCACAUCGUCCAGCGCGUUAAGCAGAGGAUCAUCACCGGCGACGUAAGCUCUGUUGUUGAUGCACGGCUCGGAAGUGCCUACGACAUCAGUUCCAUGUGGAAGGUGGUCGACAUUGCUAUGAUGUGCACGGUGGAUUCUGCUGCUCAAAGGCCAACGAUGGCCGCCAUUGUGGUACAGCUGAAGGAGAGCCUGGCGUUGGAGGAAGCUCGCGACAAGGAUAGUAGCCUCAGGAGUGAUAUAGCAGCUAUGGUGUCCACAUUUGGUCCAUUGGCAAGAUGAAGCUGUCUGCAUGUAUCUGUACCUCUAUUUGAUGCAUCGUUGAUGGGUCUCUGCUACAAGUCUACAACGGGCUUUUUGAUGAACGAUUUGUCAUGUGAAGGCACACUAGUGUAUGUUUGUGCAUUGUUUUGAAUCUACAAUAACUUGUGUGUGCAAAGGUUUUGAGAAUCCCAUGCUUUUAUGUUCGUUUGUUUAGUUUCUUUUGGAUUAUCCAUGUUUAUAUUCCAUAAUUGUAACAACAUAAAGGCUUGAUUUUAAUCUGAAGCAAGUAUUGAAAAGGUUAUGCCUU